AUGACAGACGGAAUAUUUUUAACGGGACUGGCCAGUUGCGGCAGUAUUUUAGUAUAUUAGAGGUUGGUCUUGACUCUGAAGUCACAUGUCUUGGCGCUAAAGUCGUUGCCUUUCAUCACAUCUCGAAACCUCUACACUCCACAACACCACCGACAACUGAUCAUGUUGCUCGAUAUUGCGCAACAAACAAGGCAGUCGGCUUAUCUCUCAGCUAAGUUCACAUUGCAUACCAUCUAUUCCCUCUUCUUUGUCUAUUUUCUUCCGUUGGUACGCUCCCGUCGAUGCUGUUUCUUUGUUUCGAGGGUGUUGGGUUGAAAGGCGUGCAAGCCGCCACACACUCCGAAUUUGAUGCGAAGAUCCAUCUCGGACUACCGUUUGCGGCUUGACCUUAUGGAAAGGUUUUAUUUUCGAUUUGGGACGAAGAUGCAGUCCUUCGAUCGCGGAAAUAUAGGACUUGAGAGCUGCUUCCUGGCUGUCGUUCAAAUAUCCGCAGCUCUAUAGCCGUGUCAUUACAUCGUUCGAAGUCAUGAAGCUGACUCUUCUAUUUCGCCGCUGUCUUGGUAUUUGGUUAUGGGUGCUUUCAGAAGUAUGGAAUUAGUACCUGCUUCAUUUAGUUGGCUUACGGUGGGUGACAAUGUCACAUCUCCUUUCAAAGAGUUAUUGAGAUAUUUCUUUGUCAACUUUCCGGGUGCGUCGAUCAUCUCUCUCUGAUGUGGGUUCCCAUAAAUUCCUCAUAAUGUUAAAUGGAGCGUUGGCUUUCUUUAAAGUUUUAAAGGAAGGGUUGGCUACUGCAUCAAACUUGCGAUCGAUUGAUUCUAUUGUCCAUACAUACUUGACAUUAUUCCCAAAUCUCAUUCAGUUGUCAAAACACUCUUUGCUGUCGCAGAGGUCGAUAUCUAUCCUAAUGGCUGCUCCUCCGAUAAGCCCUCCUCCGUAUGCCGAAAAAAGCCCCAGAACACCGAGGAAAUCCCUUUCGAAUCCUCUAGGAAUCCUCAACUUUGGGACACCAGGAAAUACACCGAGGAAAAUAACGAAAGAACGCUCUCGAUAUGACACUCCAGGCUCGGUGGCCAAUAAAGCAUACUUCAACGCUAGUCCUGAUGUUCUGAAGGAAUUCUUGGUAUGCCUAGCAAAAGGAUGGGCCCCUGAGCUCACGAGUGGAAAUAAGCAACUUUGUGGAGUGUAUGCUCUGCACCAAGCCUUUCGAAGCAUGAUGGGCGGGACCAAAGCCUUGAACGGUUUCGGGUUCACAGCCUUGAGGGGUGAAAUCGAUAGCGAGAAGUUCCGGACAUUUCACAGAAAAGCCAUAAGAAACCGGAUGGAAAAGGCCGGCUUUCAAGGGGCUGAUUUGGAUGAAGCGGUGAAACAAGCGAUAGACCAAGCAGACUUUGGGAGCAACGAGUUCUAUAGUGUCGAGGAAUUGUCAGAGUUUAUCCGAUAUAUCAACAGGAUGUACAACGUUCAGUAUCGUCUUGGAAUCGUCUCAUCGUAUAAAAAGCAGGUAACAUCAGCUUACAUUGUCGAAGGCGAUGACCAGUUCAAUCAGGUGCAUUACCGCGUUCUUUGGCUCCAUAAUAUCGGUAACACUCAUUGGGAAAGCUUUGGACCAAAGUCAAGCGCGGCAGGCCGGAAAGCUCGACGCAGUUGGAGGCUUACAGAAAACUUGGCAAAGGUGGCGAAUAACGGCCUCUAUAGAGUCACGGUUGCCACGCAAGGAGCCCCGGACGAGUAUACCCUAACAGCCCUUAUUGACCAGUGGGUGUUUCAAGUGGCGCCGCCAGCGGGUCUCGAACCAAGAGAGGGCUUCAUUUAUGUCCACACCACCAAGGGCCCCAAUUCAGAUAGCUGGCGCGUCGUCGGCGAGUCGUCCAUGGAGACGAUUCGCAAUCAAGAAGGAUUCAUGCCUUUAGCCAGCCUUGAAGUAGUCAACAGCCACAAAACUCCUCAUGAUGGAAGGAUGGAGGAAGUAGUCAGGAAGCCUACAAAUAUUUUAGACCAGCGAAAGCGAAAGCGGACGCCACCACCUCCGGAAGAGCCACCUGCCCCAAGCCGGACGCCCGGCGCCCUUCCUGGUACUCUUGGGGGAUAUACUACAAUGGGGGGUACCACAGGAGGUCAGGAGCAGCUUGGUCAGGGGCCAAUACCAACGGGGUUGCCUGGUCACGUUACGGGCCCUCCGAUCCAGCUGCCACCAACCCCCGGGACCGAUGGCCCAACUAUCAGAGGGCCACAAACCAAACAGCCAGGACCCACGACUACCCAGACUCAGGGGCCGCAGGCCAGACAUCUAAGGCCCGAGGAACUGAUCGUGCAGACGACCCCCCCGCCUACACUGCGCGCAAAGGUGAUAGACCUCAACACGCCCCUUACAAUCCAGACAUUUGUCGCCCGCCGAGCAUUCGCCCCUCCCCCCCACACCAACGCAACACCAGUCCAAUCCCUCGGCGCACGCCCCCGCCUUCCCCCCAGCCGCCCCAAGAGCAGAACCACGGCCGAGUUUACGGCAACCCGCAACCAGAAGAACGACUGGACCCGCACGCGCUUCCUAAACUUCUUCAUCGCCGACGUCCCCGACGCCGACGAAACGGGAAAGCGAUUCGGUCCCAACCACGACCAGCCAUACCACCAAGACCAGGUCCUGCUCGGCCUCGACGACACCUAUGAGCCUGGUGUGUCUGGGCCGGUGCGCGUGCGCACCAUCGAUGAGGAUGAGGGGUGGGCGCACUCGGAGAAUCUGCGCAAAGUCACGGACCCCUUCGGAUUAGACCUCAAUAGCGCGACCACGCAGUAUAGUAUGGAUCCCAACGAGGCCUUCCGCGAGGACCUGUACCCGACGGCCUUCCUACGGGGCCUGUGCCAGGGCGCGCGGAUCGAUCCGACGGGGAGCAGGCAGGAGAUGAUGGCGGGGCUGACGGCGUACCGGAUGGGGCUGGGGGUGCCGCUUAUCUUGUACCGUCUUGUUGACGUGGUGGGCGUCUUCUUCAAGGACGAUCUGGUGCGUGUCCCUGGCCAUCCGCUGGCGAAUCCGGGGGGCGUGUUCCGCGCGUUUGGGCUGGAGCCGCAUAAGCGCGGGUAUGUGAGGGGAGGGGAUCUGGUGGCGGAACCGAGGUCGUGGGGCGCGAGGGUGAAGCCUCAUGUGCAUGAGUUGAGCGCGCCGGCUGAUUUGAAGUGGGUGCAGCCGCCGAGGGAUGUUGGGGAUUUAGUAGGGAAGGGGAAUGGGUUGUCGUUGCAUGGGAUGGCUACGCCGCCGCGGGAGGGGAAUGAAGGGGAGGAGGGGGAGGAGGAGAGGAGGCAGAGGGAGGCGGGUUUUGCGUUGUCAGCGACGGUGGUGCCUGCGCGGCACCGGGGCCAGGUACAUACGUCAAAGGAUGGGAGCCUGAGUUUUUUUACUAGGUUGCCGCCGUCGCCGCAGAUGGGUCAGGCGUCUCAGACGGCUCAGACAUCUCGGACGAAACGGGUAGCUGAGGAGGAGAUUGGAGGUGAUUGGACGAGGAGGCGGGUAAGUCAAGAGGUAAGUCAAGGGUAAGGAAUGAGGAAGGAAAGGAUCGAAGGACAUAGGACUUCUCAAAAAAAUGGCUAUGGGGCUGAAGGGUGGAAUCUGGCAAUAUCUACAGUGUUUUUUAUUUUGGCUGAGUUAUUCUGCCAUUGCGGCGUUGGAAUAUGGAGAGUUUGUUUCAUGCUGUUUGUUGCUUCCUUAUUUCGUUCUGCUGUACCUUCCAGUUCUGUACUGUGCUGUACUGUGUGUUUGCUUUAGGUUAGAACACGGGGAUAAAUUUAUCACAUUUUCCAUUUGAGUACGUAAAUUUUUUUUAAAAAAAUAUCUGCCCA